AUGAGCGUGUCCGUCGACGACCUCGUAGCCUCGUUCAACUCAAAUCACAUCGGCCAGGAGGCCAUCGACCUUGCCAAUCUGCAGGCACAACUCGCGCAGGCUCUCCGAAACCAAAUGUCCUCGAGCGCACAGCCCAUUCAGCGGCGCGCGUAUGCGCCGUCCAACACACCUCUCGCGCGCACACCGUCGUCCAGCAUGUGCUGGGAGCCCAGCGACUUCGCGCGCGGGCGAAGUUCCAAUGUGGACGCGAUGGAUGAGGACGAGCGCAUGGUAGAGGAUAUGCUCUUCACCUCCCCCGCAAACAACAGCUUCGCCCACUCCCACCUAUCUUCCUCACCCGCAACAUACUCUGGGAUGCUCUCGCGGCGGCCGAGCGUGCCGCACGUAUCAAGCGCGCUCGAUAUGGCUCCAACUGAGCUGCCAACGCCCAACACGUCGCACUUCACAACGACAGACCCGUUCUUCAUGGCCCAGGUGCAAGCUACCCAGGCACCGACUCAGUCGUUUUUCGCGCACGCAGGGCGCCCCUCCGCGCACUCUCCGUUCAUCCUCCAGUCGAGCUUCAGCCAACACGCCCACCACCCUGUCGCGUCCGAGGUUGACCCGGCGCACAUGUUCGCGUCCCCACCAGCUGCAUUCAGCUGCUAA